AACCGACUAAAACACAUUCCAGACCUCUGAUUGUUCUAAGUGUAAAUAGAAGAGACUCCAUUGACUGCACUAGAGGUUGUCGCCAUUGAAUUCUUUGUAAGGACAUUAAAAAAGAGUAAAAUUGCUGAUCAAGGUCGCUGUUCUCCAAUCAAGAGACAUGGGCGGAAGACAGAUGUAUGCAGUAGGACUGGUUUGGGCUGUAGUCCUGAUCACAUGCGGGCCGGGUCAUGCCAGCGCUCAGGUCUCGGGUACUGAUGGCAGGAAUACAACAGCCACAAAUACCACAAAUGUCAACAUUUCCUCUGGUAAUACAGGGACUGAGAAAGGUGAUUCUCGGGUAUUGGAGGUGGUUAUGUAUAUGCUGCUCAUUGUCAUAUGGCUGAUUUCGCCUUUCAUGUCAUGGGUCUUUGUGAUUCCUGCUACCAUUAUCUCUCGCUAUAUCUUUGUGAAUUUGCUUGGGGAGGAUAUGUUCAUAGAAGUUUUCGGCGGACCUGGAGGUAUUGGUCCCCUAUCCCUUGUAGAAAGUGCCUUCCGGGGAGUCUUCUUUUAAGUUUCAAGUCACGCACAUUGUUUGUUAUUCAUGCCCAUCUGUCCUAGUCAUCAUUAUCUCUGUAGUAAGCCUCUAAUAAUACCAUCACAUUAAGUCCCAGUCUUGUAAGUAAAAAAAGUAAGUAAAAAAAAGAUGAAA